AUGUGUCGUCUAGUCAUAUUCACUGGCACUUGUACCAAGUGUGGCGAAGCCCAAGUAUGGGAAGAUCUUACGCAAGAACUAUCAUGUCUCCAGGCGAAAAACAAUGGGAUUUUUGGAGACUGUUCAAACGGCGUGUUUCAAGAACGACACGAAUUCGACCAAGAGUGCGACCAAUGCACCGAGGAGGAUGAAGGAAUCGGCGAUUCAAAGGACUCACGGAAGAAAGCCAAAACCAAAAGUUAA